AAAAAAAAGGUAUACGAAUGGCUCACAUUUGGCUUCUUUCACUUGUCUUCCUAAUCAUUUUUCUUCUUCACGCCGCUUUCAAACGCACAAAGAGGUGGCAACACCGGAAACCACCUUCUCCUCCUGGCUAUCCAAUCAUCGGAAAUUUACAUCAGCUCGGAGAAUUACCACAUCAAUCUCUAUGGAAUAUGUCAAAGAAGUAUGGUCCUGUAAUACUUGUGAAACUUGGAAAAGUCCCAACAGUCAUACUUUCUUCGUCUGAAACAGCAAGACAAGCUCUUAGAGACCAUGACCUCCAUUGUUGUAGCCGUCCUUCAUUGGCAGGGGCUAGAGAGCUCUCUUACAACCAUGUGGACAUAGCUUUCUCUCCUUAUAAUGAUUACUGGAAAGAAGUAAGGAAGCUGGCUGUUCAAGAACUAUUCAGUACUAAACAAGUUCACUCGAUUCAACCCAUCAAGGACGAGGAAGUCAAGAAACUGAUCGAUUCAAUAGCCGAAUCAGCUUCUCUGAAAACCCCUAUCAAUUUGAACAAUACGUUUCUUGCUUUAACCGUAAGAGUGGUAUGCAGAACAGCGUUUGGUGUGAGCUUUGAGGGAACUGUGCUCAACAGUGACAGUUUCUAUAAGUUAGUCCGUGAGGCACUCGAGAUGUUGGGAAGCUUUCCUGCCUCAGAUUUUAUUCCCUAUGUAGGAUGGAUCAUCGACUGGUUCACAGGUUUGCAAGGGCGGAGAGAGAAAAGCGUGAAGGAUCUUGAUGCGUUCUAUGAACAAAUGUUCGAUCUUCAUAAAGAGGAAAAAGAAGAAGGGGAUGAAGAUUUCGUGGAUCUGUUAUUGAGGUUAGAGAAAGAAGAGACUGUUGUUGGAAAUGAAAACCUCACAAGAAAUCAUAUCAAAGCAAUCUUGAUGGACGUUCUUUUAGGUGGUAUCGACACUGCUGCAAUUACAAUGACAUGGGCAAUGGCAGAACUUGCUAGAAACCCUCGAGUGAUGAAGAAAGUUCAAUCUGAAAUCAGAAACCAAAUGGGUAAUAAAUCCUUGAUUAGCUUGGAUGACACACAUCAGCUAAAUUACCUGAAAAUGGUGAUCAAAGAAACAUGGAGACUACAUCCUCCAGUACCUCUUCUGUCCCCAAGAGAAGUAGUGUCUGAAUUUGAGGUCAACGGCUACAAGAUUCAACCCAAGACACGGCUUCACGUGAAUGUUUGGGCUAUCGGGCGUGAUCCUGAUACCUGGAAAGACCCAAAAGAGUUUCUUCCCGAGAGGUUUAUGGAUAGUAACGUUGAUGCAAAAGGACAGAACUUUGAGUUGUUACCGUUUGGAGCUGGCCGGAGAAUCUGUCCCGCAAUUUACAUGGCAACAACGAUGGUGGAGUGUGGUCUUGCAAAUAUGUUGUAUAAGUUUAAUUGGAAGUUACCAGAAGGCAUGGUGGGUGAAGAUAUCGACAUGGAAGAAUCUCCUGGACUUACUGUGAGCAAGAAAAGUGAGCUUCUUCUUGUUCCUGUGAAGUGCUAAUAUCAUUGAUCACUUAAAACUAAGUUCUUCAUCUAUUAUACCUUAAAUACAAUGAAAUCUCUUGCUCCACGAAACGUGUAAGAGAAUUUUCAGUUUUAAUAAUUUGUUAUGUUUUGCAAUUGACUUAUACAAUAUUGAUUCCCGCG